CUGAGUGCAUCAUGAAGUGUUUCUCGAUUUGGGCUCUGGCUGCUCUUUGCCUUUGCGUCGGCCAAUUGGCCACAAGUGAAAAGCUGAUCAACUGUUACUGGGGCACCUGGGCCAACUAUCGUCCUGGGGAUGGCAAGUUCACACCCUCGGACAUCGAUCCCUCCCUGUGCACUCACAUCAGCUACACCUUCUUCGGAAUCAGCGAUGCCGGCGAGUUCAAGUCCCUGGAUACCUGGCUGGAUAUGGAUGAUGGAUUGGGCUUUAUUAGUCAGACGAUUGCCCUUAAGCAGCGCAAUCCGAACUUGAAGAUUUUGGCAGUGGUGGGCGGAUGGAACGAGGGAUCGGAGAAGUACUCUGCCAUGGCUGCCGAUCCUGGCAAGCGUGCCACCUUCAUCUCCACCACCCUGGCUUUCAUUCAGCAGCAUGGCUUCGAUGGCCUGGAUCUGGAUUGGGAGUAUCCCGGACAGCGAGGAGGCAGCGAUUCGGAUAAGGUCAACUUCGUGACCCUUCUGCGCGAGAUUAAGGAAACCUUCGACCAGUACGGUUUGGAACUGGGUAUUGCAGUGGGUGCCUCUGAGAAGUCGGCUAGCAUUUCCUACGACAUUCCAGCCAUCUCCCAGCACCUAACCUUUAUCAACGUGAUGACCUACGACUUCCAUAUGGCUUUGGACGGUUACCUGGGUCUGAAUGCUCCUCUGCCUGAGGUUACCGAAUCCAUUGACUACUGGCUUUCGCAUGGUGCUCCCGCUGAGAAACUGAUUCUGGGCAUUGGCUUCUACGGCCACAGCUACCAGAUGUCAGACAGCUCACAGAACUGGCCCGGAGCUUCCUGCAUUGGCCCCGGAUCAGCUGGCAUCUACACCCGGGAGAAUGGUUUCCUGGGCUACCACGAGAUCUGUCUGAACAACUGGCAAACCGUGUUCGACCAGGAGAACGGAGCUCCUUAUGCCUUCCAGGGUGAUCAGUGGAUCGGCUACGACAACCCCGAGAGCAUCCAGCUGAAGAUGCAGUUGGUGCAGUCCCGCAAUCUGGGGGGUGCCAUGAUGUGGUCCAUUGAGACGGAUGAUUUCCGCGGCCUCUGUGGCGAAUCGUAUCCUUUGCUGAAGACCAUGAACAGAGCUCUGGGCAAGGAUGGCAGCGGUGGCAGCGGCGGAGGUGGAAGUGUUACCCCCUCUCCCACGGCUGCUCCCACUCCAGCUCCCACUCCGGCUCCCACUCCCGGAGGAGGUGGAAACGGAGGUGGUUCCAGCGGAGAGUGCUCCCAGGAUGGUUACUUCCUGCACAGCAGCGACUGCAGAUUCUACUACCAGUGUGUCGGAGGCACCCGUUACGAUUUCCAAUGCGGCGAUGGGCUCUAUUUCGAUGUCGCCAAUUUGAACUGCAACUGGCCAUCGGCGGUCAAUUGCCCCUAUUAAAUAAACAAGCAGAUGAAAAUACCAAAAAAUU